UCCCACGCAUGUGCCCCGCACGUGUCUACUGAAAUGUCUCUCGCUCAAGAUCUUCGUGCACCUUUCCCUCCCGCCCUUCGUCUUUCUCCCUGUGUCCGAUCUCGAUGAUCUGGUGCCUGAUCUGGUACCAAUCUUCUAAGCCCUAACUCCAGAAUUCAGUCAUUUGACGACUUACGUAGGAUUGGAGAGCUACAGAGAUGGCUUUCAUGGCAGUCUUGGAGUCAGAUCUCCGCGCUCUCUCCGCCGAAGCUCGCCGUCGGCACCCCGCUGUCAAAGAGGGCGCCGAGCACGCCAUUUUAAAGCUUCGUUCAUUAUCAAGUUCCAGUGAAAUAGCGCAUAAUGAGGACAUUCUACGAAUUUUUUUGAUGGCUUGCGGGGUCAGAACUGUCAAGCUGAGUGUUAUUGGACUUUCAUGCCUACAAAAGCUCAUAUCUCACGAUGUGGUUGCUCCAUCAGCUCUAAAAGAAAUACUUUCAACACUUAAAGAUCAUGCUGAUAUGGCAGAUGAAACCGUUCAACUUAAGACCCUUCAGACUAUAUUAAUAAUAUUUCAAUCACGUUUACAUCCUGAAAACGAGGAGAAUACGGCCCAAGCUCUUGGUAUCUGUCUUCGGCUUCUUGAAAGUAACCGAUCCUCUGAUAGUGUGCAAAAUACUGCUGCAGCUACCUUCAGGCAAGCAGUGGCCCUAAUUUUUGAUAAUGUGGUGUGUGCUGAGUCUCUUCCCACAAGCAAGUUCAGUUCUGGAGGUCAAAUCUCUAGAACUGGUACAGUUACUGGUGAUGUUAAUCGCGGCAUCAGCCUUUCCGAGUCAUUGGAGAAUGAAUUUGUCUCCGGAGGGCAAUCAUUGAUGAGGGAGACCCUAACUAAAGAUGGAAAGCUUGGACUUCGUUUGCUUGAAGACCUGACAGCUCUUGCUGCAGGUGGAUCUGCAAGUUGGUUACGUGUCAAUUCGCUUCAACGGACGUUCGUGCUUGAUAUACUUGAAUUCAUUUUAUCCAAUUAUGUGGCUGUUUUCAGAACCUUGGUUCCCUAUGAGCAGGUUUUGCGGCACCAGAUAUGUUCACUUCUAAUGACUUCAAUUCGUACCAAUUCUGAGUUUGAAGGAGAAGCAGGAGAGCCUUAUUUUCGACGCUUGGUUUUGCGGUCAGUUGCUCAUAUUAUCCGGCUUUACAGUUCAUCCCUUAUCACUGAAUGUGAGGUUUUCCUUAGUAUGUUAGUGAAGAUUAUCUUUCUCGAUUUGCCAUUAUGGCAUCGAAUUCUUGUUCUUGAGAUCUUGCGGGGGUUUUGUAUGGAGGCACGGACAUUGCGGGUUCUCUUCCAGAACUUUGAUAUGCAUCCCAAGAAUACAAAUGUUGUGGAGGGUAUGGUUAAAGCUCUUGCUAGGGUUGUUUCAAGUGUACAGUUUCUAGAGACAAGUGAAGAGAGCCUGGCAGCUGUUGCAGGGAUGUUCAGCAGCAAAGCUAAAGGGAUUGAGUGGAGUCUUGAUAAUGAUGCAUCCAAUGCUGCAGUCUUGGUUGCUAGUGAGGCCCAUUCGAUAACUUUGGCAGUUGAAGGUCUGUUGGGUGUGGUCUUUACAGUUGCUACUUUGACAGAUGAAGCUGUGGAAAUUGGGGAGCUUGAAUCUCCCAGAUCUGAUAAUGAUCCACCCGCAAAAUGUACUGGGAAAACUGCUGCUCUGUGCAUCUCAAUGGUUGAUUCUUUGUGGUUGACCAUUCUUGAUGCUUUGUCCCUUAUUUUGUCCAGGUCACAAGGAGAGGCCAUUAUAUUGGAAAUUUUGAAGGGAUACCAGGCAUUCACUCAGGCAUGCGGGGUUCUUCGUGUCAUAGAGCCUUUAAACUCUUUUCUAGCAUCUCUUUGCAAAUUUACAAUCAAUUUCCCCAGUGAAGCAGAAAAAAAGAGCAGUGCGUUACAGUCGCCUGGGUCAAAACGCUCUGAACCAUUAGUUGAUCAAAGGGACAGCAUUGUGCUUACUCCUAAGAAUGUGCAGGCCUUGAGAACUCUCUUCAACAUUGCUCAUCGAUUGCUUAAUGUGUUGGGACCAUCCUGGGUUUUGGUGUUAGAAACUCUAGCAGCUCUUGACCGUGCAAUCCAUUCUCCACAUGCCACCACACAGGAGGUCUCCGCAGCAGUCCCAAAGCUGAUGAGAGAAUCAUCUGGUCAAUACAGCGACUUCAAUAUUCUCUCUUCUUUGAAUUCUCAGCUUUUUGAGAGCUCGGCAUUGAUGCACCUAUCUGCCAUUAAGUCUCUUCUUUCUGCACUGCAUCAGUUGUCACAUCAAUGUGUGGCGGUGGCUUCAAGUGCUUUUGGACCAGCGUCAAGUCAAAAAUUUGGAAGCAUCAGUUUUUCAGUGGAGAGAAUGGUUUCGAUCCUUGUUAAUAAUUUGCACAGAGUGGAGCCAUUGUGGGAUGAAGUUGUUGGCCACUUUCUUGAGCUUGCAGAUAAUUCUAAUCAGCACUUACGAAAUAUGGGACUUGAUGCAUUGGAUCAAUCAAUAUGUGCUGUUUUAGGUUCGGACCAGUUCCAGGACAGUACACCAUCUGGAUCCCGUAGGACAUCUGAAGAGAUGGGAACCAGGCUUGCAGAGUUGAGAUCACUUGAAUGUUCUGUCAUAUCUCCAUUGAGGGUUCUUUAUUUUUCUACUCAAAACAUCGAUGUUCGUGCUGGUUCUUUGAAAAUUCUACUUCAUGUAUUAGAGAGGCAUGGAGAAAACUUACACUACAGCUGGCCUAAUAUUCUUGAAAUGUUGAGGUCUGUAGCAGAUGUGUCAGAAAAGGAUCUUGUCACUCUGGGAUUCCAGAGCCUACGAGUCAUUAUGAAUGAUGGACUUUCAACUAUACCGGCAGACUACCUUCAUGUGUGUUUAGAUGUGACCGGGGCCUACAGUGCUCAAAAGACAGAGUUGAAUAUAAGCUUGACUGCAGUCGGCCUCUUAUGGACUGCAACUGAUUUCAUUGCGAAGGGGCUUGUUCAUGGGCAUGGGGGGGAAAAGGAAACAGGAAUUUUGGAUGUGCAUUCUAUUCCAAAGCAAAUGGAUGGUGAAAAAACAGAAGAACUAGCACUCAACAUUUCUUAUACUGUGAACGAGCAAUCUUCCCUGAUAAAUAUAGUUGACUGCAACAAGUUGCUAUUCUCCGUUUUCUCGUUACUUCACAAGCUUGGAGCUGAUGAUAGGCCAGAGGUCAGGAAUGCAGCUGUCAGGACACUUUUUCAAACUCUCGGAAGUCAUGGGCAAAAACUAUCAAAAAGUAUGUGGGAGGAUUGUCUUUGGAAUUAUGUUUUCCCUACAUUAGAUCGUGCUUCUCACAUGGCUGCUACUUCAUCAAAAGAUGAAUGGCAAGGGAAAGAACUUGGAACUCGUGGAGGAAAAGCUGUUCACAUGCUCAUACAUCAUAGUCGUAACACUGCUCAGAAACAGUGGGAUGAGACACUUGUACUGGUCCUGGGUGGAAUAGCUCGAAUAUUACGAUCUUCCUUUCCUUUUCUCAAAACCUUAAGCAAUUUCUGGUCUGGAUGGGAAUCUCUGCUCCUUUUUGUAAAGAAUAGCAUUUUAAAUGGUAGCAAAGAGGUUGCUCUCGCUGCAAUUAAUUGUUUACAGACAACUGUUCUUUCUCAUUCUCUUAAGGGAAACUUGCCGGAGCCAUACCUUAACUCAGUACUUGAUGCAUAUGAGUUUGUUCUUCAGAAGUCACCAAACUACAGCGAUAAUACAGCCUGCAAGGUCAAGCAGGAGAUUUUACAUGGUCUCGGAGAACUAUAUGUCCAAGCACAAAAGAUGUUUGAUGAUAGCAUGUAUACACAGUUGCUAGCAAUCAUAGAUUUGGUGGUUAAGCAAGCCAUAAUAACUACUGAUAGCUUUGAAACUGAAUUUGGACACAUUCCACCCAUACUACGGACUGUACUGGAAACCUUACCGCUGUUAUGUCCAACUGAGCACAUUUCUUCAAUGUGGCUUACUCUCCUUCGGGAGCUUUUGAUAUAUCUUCCAAGAGCUGAUUCUCCCUUACAAAAUGAGGAAGAUGAAUCAGAGCAUGCCAGCACGAGUGAUCAUAUGCGAGAUGCCAACAUGAAGACAGUUGAUGACAUACCUAAUGGCACUGCUUCCAUAUCACAAACCAAAGUGGAAGCUCCAUCUCUGAGUUCUGGUUCAACAACAGCUUUACCAGCAGGAAUCCCAAGUUAUCUGUUUGCUGAAAAGCUUGUUCCUGUGCUGGUAGAUCUUUUCCUACAGGCACCAGAAAUUGAGAAGUAUAUCAUAUUUCCUGAGUUAAUUCAAAGUCUUGGAAGGUGUAUGAUGACAAGGAGAGACAAUCCAGAUGGUGCACUUUGGAGAAUAGCUGUUGAAGGCUUCAACCACAUUCUAGUUGAUGAUGUCAGUAGAUUAACUGUUAAUGGUGGACCAACUUCAAAUAUUAGUAAACCUGCACGAACAUGUAUCUGGCAAGAAGUUGCAGAUGUUUGUGAAAUAUUCCUCGUUGGAUAUUGUGGGAGGGCUCUUCCUUCCAGUUCUCUGUCACCUGUAGCACUAAGGGCUGAUGAGUUGCUUGAGAUGGCCAUCCUAAACAUUCUUGGUGACAAUAUUCUUAAGUCACCAAUUGAUGCACCUCUAAAUAUUCUGCAACGACUAGUUUCCACCUUGGACCGUUGUGCAUCACGCACGUGCUCGUUGCCUGUUGAGACUGUGGAACUUAUGCCUUCCCACUGUAGCAGAUUUUCCUUAACUUGCUUACAGAAGUUAUUUACCUUGAGCAGCAAAGAAACCGACAAGUGGAAUUUGACGAGAUCUGAAGUCAGCAAAAUCUCAAUCAUGAUGCUCAUGACCAGAUGCGAAUACAUCUUGAACAGAUUUCUCGCUGAUGAGAAUGACUUAGGGGAACGUCCAUUGCCAGCAGCUAGGCUUGAAGAAAUAAUCUUUGUCCUUCAACAACUGGCCUGUCUGAUUAUUCAUUCGGACACAGCAUCCGUUCUUCCCUUGGAUCCAUACUUGAAAAGUGGACUAGCAGAGGAAAACCACGACAAACGUCCACAUCUACUUGUUCUAUUUCCCUCUUUCUGUGAGCUCGUUAUAUCAAGAAAUGCAAGAAUAAGAGAGCUUGUGCAAGUACUUCUCAGACUCAUCACCAAGGAGUUGGCACUUGAAAAGCUUGAGACUGGCUCAAUUUUUGAAGGACGACUUGAAGACGCACUGGAACCUGAGCUGCAGUUUGAAAUUAUUUUGUUUUAUUUUUUGGGGGCCACUACCCCAAUUGCUUACUAAUAUUAAAUUGUAUGAAGGCUUGUAGACUAAUAUUAACCUGCUGGGAGGGGGACUAUUUGUCAAGGGCUUCUUUCGAAUGUAUUCUAGUGUCAACUUAUUUAUAUAUAGUUCAAGUAGAUUUGACGUUU